GUUCCUUCUUGUGGAGAUUGCACCAAGGAGAGAAACACGACUCUGACCUAUAAGUUAGCGAAGCAGGGUUGCUCUCUAGGCACUUGCGGCGCCGUUAGAGCACUGACACGAUAUUAAGGUUCAACGAUGACGCUCAACAGAGGUAUGCCGACCGAGUCACAAUUCUCAAGAAUUGCGAUGGUAACUUUUCUUGUACUGAGCGUGCCAGUGGCAGUGGCCCGCAUAUUGGACGGCAGCUAUCAACGUGGCGGCGACUGUGAGAGCAUCUAUCAGCGCUACAGUCAGGAUCACGUACUGUGCCGGCAGCGCUGGAGCAACUGCCGCUCUGUUGCCUCGUUCGUCGAAGACGACGACAAGAGAGUCAUCCUCGACGCCCACAACCGUUUCCGGAGUGAAAUCGCAACGGGGAGCAACGGCUCGAGGCUGCCCUACGCUUCCAACAUGCUGGAAAUGGAAUGGGACGACGACCUUGCAAGAGUGGCGCAGGCCCAUGCCGAUCUUUGCACUAACCAGCCAUCCUGCUCCUCGUGUAUGAGAAUCGAGAAAUUCCCGUACGUUGGCCGCUCCAGUUGCAACAUUCGCACGGAUUAUGAACACCACAGCUCCGACUGGGAAGAUUGCAUUGGAUCCAUGUUUGACGAGUCCCACAGGAUUCCCAUCGGACGUUCAAGCACACCAUUAAGCACAAUUCGUGGAGCCGAAAGUUUCACUCAGCUGGCUUGGGCGAGAACCUGGAAAGUUGGAUGCGGCUUUUCCAGCUACCCGUCUCAUAGUUUUCGCUUUGAGAUGCGCUACACUUGUGCCUACGGUCCUGGUGGCAAUGUCAUGGGCCAGGAAGUUUACAAAGUUGGGCCAGCCUGCUCUGAUUGCCCUGAGGGCACCUGCUGUGGAACAGCGUGCGAAAGACACCACGUCACUCCGUCGUACGACGGCUUGUGUAAGGUUAUCGACGAUGGCCCGAGCGUUCCUUUGGACGAUUACAAAUUGCUGUCAGCGUGCUUGUUCAACAAAGCAACUACGCACAACUGCAGCUUCCGAAGUGAACCUGCUGAUGCCUGGACGACGAAGACGUUCUACGGAACGGGCUACGCCGAAACCGUGCUCGGGUCCGGGCAACGCGCGGAGUUCACCUUCGAGCGGCCCGUGCAGGCGAUCAACGGCCCACUCUGCGUCGACAUCGAAUACAAUAAGGGACCCAACGUGGCCGGAAUGCCUGACCGCGGAGUGUUCGACCUUCUGGUGACACCUGUCGAGAGGCCGCACCACCGGAGGACCAUCGGCCUGUCAGGAGGAGCCACGAAUGUCAUGAACAUGCGGGUUACACUCAACUAUAACACUGCCGUGCAGAUCGGCUUCUCAUUCGCCGUGCCAACAGGAAGCUCGGCCCAGUACGUCAACAUUCACAAGGUUGCCAUCUACGAUAAAGCUUGCUCCGGGUGAUGUUGCUAAUUUGCCACAUUCCCGAAUAAACAGUUCCUGGUUAGUCAAAUA